AUGAGCAAUUUCACCAGCAACCCGAUCAUCAAACGCGAGGCGCCAGAUACGGUGGUUUAUGACCUCUCCGAGCCACAUCAAGUCACCAUCACCCUACCCGCCGGCUCAACAUGGAGCAGUGGCCUGCACUGGCACGAAAAUCAUAUCGAAUAUUUGCGCAUUAUUCAGGGUAGCGUCGAAGUCACCCUCGAUGGUCAAGUCCGCACCAUAUCGGCAUCAGACACACAGACGGAAGUGAGGGUCGACCGAGAUGUGUGGCACGAGUGGAGGCGAGCCGACGUCGAAGGGAAUGAGGACGUGGUGGUGGUGGAGAGGACUGACCCGGAAGAUGGCGAGAAGGCUGUGUUCUUCUGGAAUCUCAACGGGGUCAUCCUCAAGGCACAGGGCCUGACGUGCCCGCCCUACAUGCCGAAGCUGCUGCACGGCAUCUUGCUAGAUGUUUGGGUCUCGCUUAGUCUCUUCGCCAUUUUCCGUGACCUUGAUAACGUUCCCGUCUUUGUCAAUGUCCUCCAGGCAUUUGCGAAAAGAGGAUUUGUCUUCACUGAGAAGACACUGGGGCAUACUUGCUUGCGCAGCGUGGACUUCUUCAUUUCUCAUGCAUUACUACUUCUGGCGCAUCUCAUCUCCAUGUUGUUUGGAAUCAGGUCGGUCCGGGAGGAUUUCACGCCAGACGAGAUGUCGGCGCCAAUCACAUCCGCAUUGUUUCGGGCUCCUGGAAAGGCCAGGAAGCUGUCUCUCGUUUCAUUCCCACGUCUUGCGAAUAUUCUGCAUCAACUGGCAAAGCCAUUACCGAGCGAUUUCAUGGAUCUAUUGUUCAACCAAAUCGCUGCUCUUCUCUCUGAGCCCUGGCUCACCAACCAAGUCCGCUUUUUAUCAAACUGCGUAGUUUGA